AAUCCCAACCGGAAGCUGACGUUGUUGCUAGUAGCAAUUCUGAGCUUCACUGAGGAGACUUUAGCCUAGAUGGCAGGUGGGACUUUCCAUAGGAGUGGGAAGCCUGAAAGAAGUCUUAACAAUUUGACAGAUCUUUUAAUAGAUGACAGCAGGCCGUAAAAAACGCAUCCGAACAGCCGGCACCGACUCGCAUGUUGAAAGGAACCGGGAAAUGGGCCAUUCAUCCAGUACUCCCUCGUACGCCGAUUCUUGCACAGCAGAAGAAAAUUGUUCAGUGAUGCUGCCCGUGCUCCCCCUUGCAGCACUGGAGGAGGUGUUUGUGAAUGUUCCAGCCCGAGAGGUGGUGUGCGUCUGUCGACUCGUCUGCCGUGAGUGGAAGGAGUUGGCGGACAGCGCCUCCUUGUGGAGAGAAAGGUGUCGGCGGGAGGGCCUUCAGCCUCACGAUGUGACCCAGCAACCAGAAGACUGGCGGGUGUAUUACUUCCUGUGCAAAAAGAGACAUAACCUGCUGAAGAACCCCAAAGCUGAGGAUAAAUUCAAUGGCUGGCAGAUUUUGGAGAACGGGGGUGACAGGUGGAAAAUAGAAGACGUGUCUGCAUCUCUCCCUGAUGAAACAGUCAAAAAAUUCUUUGUUACUUCAUACCAUUUCUGCAGGAAGAGCCAGCUAAUUAACUUGGCAGAGGAAGGAUAUGGACCAUGGUUUAUGGAUAAGAUCCAGCCAGACAUCGUGAUUUCUGACUGGUAUUCCCCACGCUGGGACUGCGGCAGUGAGUAUGAGAUUUGUGUGGAGCUACUCGACCAGAGAAAGAAGGUGAUUCAAAAGUUCUCUCCCGAUACAGUCUACUUUGAGCAGUGGAAUGACCAGCAGUGGCAACAGAUGACCCACGUGUUCCGGGACUAUGGGAAAGGUGUACGCUACGUACGAUUCACCCAUGGUGGGAAAGACACACAGUUCUGGGCCGGUUGGUACGGGAUCCGGGUCACCAACAGCAGUGUAGAGAUCAGACCAAGAAUCAACACGUAAGCCGCUAUCAGAAGGAACCUCCUGGCCCCUCCCUCCCGGUCCUGCAAUCUUAAGUGAUAAUUUACUGUAACAUCAUCUAAUUUAAAACCGUCCAAGACCAUGGUGCCUUUAAUUCCACAGCUUCAUGUUGCACCUCAUGUUUGAUUAAGAAAAUGUUUUUUAUUCUAAUGUUAUUCCUGUUUGUAUGAAGGAUAAACCAGUUUAAGUAUCAUGGGUAUUUUCAAAAGAGAAACCAUGUAUUCAUACCUCUAUGUAUAUUUGUAUAUGCAUAUACACAAAUCCUGAAACAUACUGA